UUUCUUCUCACUCCAAUACCAAAACCCAGUUCCCAACACCUUCUUCAAUCUUCUUUCAACCCCAAACCUCAAUGGAGAUCAGCGGCUAUGUUCCUCAUGGGCCCUCCUCCUCCUUCUCAAGCUUCCGCGCCUAUCUCAGGGCUCUAGCCCAGACUCCGGCACGCCUUGCUCGCCGGGCCGGGUCCGUCUCCACCUCCUACGAUGAAAUGAGCGGCGUCCGCGCCCGCUCGGGUUCCGAUAUGCAGAAGACCCUCCGCUGGUUCGACCUCGUCGGCCUGGGCUUCGGAGGCAUGGUCGGCGCCGGCGUCUUCGUCACCACCGGCCACGCCAGCCGUCUCUACGCAGGCCCAGCCAUCGUCAUCUCCUACGCCAUUGCCGGCCUCUGCGCUCUCCUCUCCGCCUUCUGCUACACCGAGUUCGCCGUGGACAUGCCGGUCGCCGGCGGUGCCUUCAGCUACCUUCGCGUCACCUUCGGCGAAUUUUCGGCGUUUUUGACGGGCGCAAACCUGGUGAUGGACUACGUGAUGUCAAACGCCGCCGUUUCGAGGGGCUUCACCGCCUACUUAGGCACCGCAAUCGGGGUCCCUGCCGCUAAAUGGCGUUUCACGCUCUCCGCGCUCCCUGACGGCUUCAAUCAAAUCGACGUUGUUGCGGUUGUUGUCGUUUUAACAAUCACUCUCAUCAUCUGCUACAGUACAAGGGAGAGCUCGGUGUUGAAUAUGGUAUUGACGGCGGUGCAUAUAAUAUUCAUAAUGUUCAUGAUCAUACUCGGCUUCUGCACAGGGGACUGGAAAAACUUCACCGAACCGGCCGACCCGGCCCACCGGGCUGGGUUUUUUCCGAACGGGGUUUCAGGCGUGUUCAACGGGGCCAGCAUGGUUUACCUCAGCUACAUCGGCUACGACGCCGUAUCGACGAUGGCCGAGGAGGUCAAGAACCCGGUGAAGGACAUCCCUAUCGGCGUCUCGGGCUCCGUUUUGCUCGUCACCGUCUUGUAUUGCUUAAUGGCUGCCUCCAUGUCGAUGCUCCUUCCGUACGACUUGAUCGACCCGGAGGCGCCGUUUUCGGCGGCGUUUCGAGGCAAGUGGGAAUCGAACCUGAUCGGUGCCGGGGCCAGCUUCGGGAUUCUUACAUCACUGCUGGUGGCAAUGCUGGGCCAGGCUCGUUACAUGUGUGUUCUCGGACGGUCCAGCGUGGUCCCCGUCUGGUUCGCUAGGGUCCACCCCAAGACAUCCACGCCUGUCAACGCAUCCGCGUUUCUCGGUAUCUUGACGGCGGCUAUUGCCAUUUUUACUGACCUAAAUGUCCUACUCAACCUUGUAUCCAUCGGCACACUCUUCGUUUUCUACAUGGUGGCCAAUGCUGUUAUUUUCAGGCGUUACGUCGUUGUGGGUACAACCAAUCCGCGGCCGACAUUGUCAUUCCUGUGCUCAUUUUCCCUCACCUCAAUCAUCUUCUCCUUCAUUUGGCAAUUCAUGCCACCUGGGAAGCUCAAGGCCUUCAUGCUUUGUGUUACCGCAGCAAUCGCGAUUUCAAUGUUACAAAUCUUCCAUGGCAUGGUUCCACAAGUACGAAAGCCCGAGUUUUGGGGUGUCCCCUUGAUGCCAUGGCUGCCAUCCGUCUCCAUCUUCUUGAACAUAUUUUUGUUGGGGUCUUUGGAUAGGCCAUCCUAUGUUAGAUUUGGGGUCUUUUCAGCUGUUGCGGUGCUUGUAUAUGUUUUCUAUAGCGUUCAUGCUAGCUUUGAUGCUGAAGGAAGUGGGUCUCUCAGUCAAAAGAAUGGUGAAAUUCACAAAGAAUCAGCACAAGAAGAAAGUAAUGAUCCCCGUCUCGCAGUGUAGAAAUAAUAAGUUGCUUUGUUUAUUUAGUCAUUGACUUGGAAUGGUGAGGUUGAUGGAACAAAAAAGCGGGGAAAAAGAAGAAGAAAAGAAUAUUGCGGUUAGACUAGUACAGUUGCAUCUUUUUGCCCAAGGAACAAAAUGUAUAGUUGGUACUUGAAAAGCAGGCCUUAGGUUAAUAUUCCUUUAAUUAUACACUAGGUGAUGUAAUCCAUCAAACUUUAUGGUUGGAUGUUGACCUCAA